ACCCACCUACGCCCGGCCGGACGUCUCCUGGCUCCUCCACAUAAUCUUCCUUGAUGCCUCCUUAAACCCCAUAAUCUUCCUGGCACGAACGCCAGCAAUAGCCCGCAAUGUCUGCGGAUGCGCCGCAGACUGAACCAGCGCGCUCCGGCGUUGAGUCGCAGGAUGGAAACCCCGCCAUACCCCUCCGCAUGCGCACAAACACUGCGGAGAUAGACAGCACCAUCAUACAUCCUGGGGCUGUAAAGAUCAAUGUGGAAGGCGCAUUUAUUGUUGAUCAUGAUGCAGAGGGUUCUCCAAAUGGAAAUCCAAAUGGGGGGACUCAUGAGACGAAAGAUAUCAGAUUGCCGAAUCACACAGCCGUUGUGAGCCACAUAGCUGUGGACGUAUGUCCCUCCUCAACGUCUGCCCGUUUGGGCAUCUGCGAAGACUGCCUACUGAUCUCAUGGUAGAUUGGAGGAUCUCUAGCAAAGCUCGUAUAUUUUUCUCGAGAACCACAUUCCCGCGACCCUGGAGGAAGAUUGAAUUUCAUAACCUUCGAGACAGACCGGAUUGAUGACUGCAUAGAGUUCAUGAAGCAGCACAAAAUCAAGCAGCAGAAACUCAAUGGUUCCAGGCCUGGGGAAUUGUGUGUCAUGGCUACCGGAGGAGGAGCAUACAAAUUCUACGACAAGGUUCGAGAAGCUCUAGGUGUUGAUGUGUCGAGAGAGGAGGAGAUGGAGUGCUUGAUAAUCGGACUCGACUUUUUCAUUACAGAGAUACCUCGCGAGGUAUUUACAUAUAGCGAAACGGACCCAAUACAUUUCGAAGAACCGAGAGCAGACAUAUACCCUUACCUACUUGUCAACAUAGGUUCUGGUGUUAGCAUGAUCAAAGUCUCAGGACCAAAACACUUCCAAAGAGUAGGCGGAACAUCUCUCGGAGGUGGGACACUCUGGGGGCUUCUGUCUCUCCUCACAGGAGCCCGUACCUUCGACGACAUGCUUGGAAUGGCUGAAAUAGGGGACAAUGCUAAAGUGGACAUGUUAGUAGGAGAUAUUUAUGGAGGGGAUUAUGGUAAAAUAGGACUGAAGAGCAGCACAAUUGCAAGCUCAUUCGGAAAGGUAUUCCGAAUGAAGCGGGAAGCCGAGCAGGAAGCGGAAGACAGCGGAGGUCUUGCAAACGACGAUUCCAAGUCCUCGUCUCAACCCUCAUCAUCACGUCCAGGCGAUUCUCUAGCCCAAGAAGAUCACGUAUCGGCGCCCUUUUCAGCCCCAGAUAUAUCCCGUUCUCUUCUCUACGCGAUAUCCAAUAACAUUGGACAAAUCGCCUAUCUCCAGUCGGAGAAGCAUUCUUUGUCGACGAUUUAUUUCGGGGGCAGUUUCAUCAGAGGUCACAGACAGACGAUGAAUACCCUGAGUUACGCAAUCAAGUUUUGGAGUGGCGGUGAGAAGAAGGCGUAUUUCUUGCGACAUGAAGGAUACCUGGGAGCUGUUGGUGCGUUUUUGAAGCGACAGCCGAGAAAUUGGGGAAGGAGAGGUAGUUUUGAGGAUGGUAUACCGCCAUUUUUGCAUAAAGGGAUGGACUACCCUGGAUCGUGAGGAACAAAAUCUUUGAAGAAGUAUGCUUGCUUGAAUAGGGAUAUGUAUCUGCUGCAGUUGCCCGGCUUUUCGCAUGUGCAUGGGAUUCUGCUUCGGUCGCUAGCCUUUGAAUUAUGCUGGGGUAUAUCUCCAGGCACCUAGAGAGGCCGAAUAAAAAUGAGAGAAUAUUAAAAGUUCAACAUUAACGAAUAUUGAAGCUCGCCAUAAAUUCUGUUUUAUGGUCACUGAGAUUGGACUGGCUCCGAGAAAUGACGGAUAUAUUUCGGGAGAAACGAUUUGACUCAAAAGGAGCACAAACCAACAGCUCCUGUUGAUUAUCAUACUUGUCAAUAAACGAUCAAACAUUAUGUCUGGAGAUCGAGGGGAAUACUGACUUAGAAAAAUUGAGAAAUUAUGUCGGCAUGCUGGAGAAUGAGAAACGAUUGAUAUGAA